AUGAGCCGCCGCCCGACACUGGACGGCCGCUACAGCCUCUUUCAGCACGACUACCACUGGGAGCUCUCCCUCGGCUGGACCAACAAGAGCUUCGGGGGGAGCAUCUUCCUACAUCAGCGGUUUCUGCAGGCACACCUACGUCUGAUCUACCCUCCGCCCGCGGCGCUCUCGGGCCGCUGCGGCGCGACAGUGCCGCUCCUCGGACGUGCUCCUCAUGGUUCGGCACCUUUCCGUGCCAUCCGAGUCCUACUCAUACCGCCAGGUGACCCAGGCGAUGACCUCGUGGGCACGCACCAUGAUGAAGUCUGUGGGCAGUCGUCGCACGCCCUUCAGCGGGGCGGACCUCAGCUCGGCGACUCCGUGGACGAGACGUUUCUCGGCUCCUCGUCCCUGCUCGUGCCCGACUUGUGGAGCGAGGUCGACAGCGCCGUGGGCACCUUCCUGGAGCUGGAGGGCCUCUCUGGACGUCUUUGGCAACGGUUCCUCUCGGACCACGACACCUUCUUUGUCAGCGGGGACACCUUCAUAGGGACGCACGGACGAUCACGCAGGAUCGACUUCUUCUACGCCCCGUCCGCCCUGGAGUCCCACACACGCCAGUGCAAGGCCCCCAUGGGAGCAGGACGCCGCCUCAACAAAUUGUACGAUCGAGACCACCGCUCUGUCUACGCGGGCGACAUCUUCGAGGCCCACGCGCUGCACACCUGGGACUACGACACGAUCAAGCUUCGUCUGGAGGGCGCCCUGAAGUCGCGCGACCUGCAGCAGGCGGUCACGUUCCUCCCCAAGAUGGUGCGCCUGCGCGCCCAGUUGCUCAGGGACCUAGCGGACUCGGAAUGGAUCAGCAUCGUGACCACGCCCACGGCUACCUCGAUCGUCGCAGCUCGGGAAGCGGGCAAGAUGUACGCAGAGGCGGCGCAGUUCCCCGAGUUCAAGUACCCGUCGGCCUUCGUGGUGCAGGAGGCCCCGCAGGGGCACGGGCUCCCGCGUACCUUCCACCAGCAGUUCGUUUGCACGGAGACGGGCUCGGAGCUCUUUUUCCACCUCAGGCUGCGCACGCGCCACAACGACCAGUACACCAGGAUGCAGUUCGCUAACGCGGACCAGAUCACACUGAAGAGCGUCAACCCAGACGGCCCUCGGGAGACUUGUCUCGACGUUCUGGGCGGCCGCCAGAAGAUGGGGACGGGCCACCUGGAAUCGAUGGCCCAGAAACUGCCAGACAAAAACCGCCUGAUCCACUACGGCCAGAAGGGCUGA